GCGCGCCCCGCGAGCCGCCCCGAUGUGGCAGGAGGCGAUGCGGCGGCGCCGCUACCUGCGGGACCGCGCCGAGGCGGCGGCGGGCGGCGGCGACGGGCUGCAGCGGUCCCGGGACUGGCUGUACGAGUCCUACUACUGCAUGAGCCAGCAGCACCCGCUCAUCGUCUUCCUGCUGCUCAUCGUCAUGGGCGCCUGCCUCGCCCUGCUCGCCGUCUUCUUCGCGCUCGGGCUGGAAGUUGACGACCAUGUGGCAUUUUUAAUAACAGUUCCAACUGCCCUGGCAAUUUUCUUUGCGAUUUUCAUCCUCGUCUGCAUCGAGUCUGUGUUUAAGAAGCUGCUUCGCCUGUUCUCUUUGGUGAUAUGGAUAUGUCUCGUGGCCAUGGGGUACUUGUUCAUGUGUUUUGGAGGCACCGUCUCUCCCUGGGAUCAGGUGUCCUUCUUCCUCUUCAUCAUCUUUGUGGUGUACACCAUGCUGCCCUUCAACAUGCGGGACGCCGUCAUUGCCAGCAUCCUCACCUCCUCCUCCCACACCAUCGUGCUGAGCGUCUGUCUGUCUGCAACGCCGGGGGCCAAGGAACACCUGGUUUGGCAGAUACUGGCCAACGUUAUCAUUUUCAUCUGUGGGAACCUGGCGGGAGCAUACCAUAAACACCUCAUGGAGCUGGCUCUGCAGCAGACAUAUCAGGACACGUGCAAUUGCAUCAAGUCCCGGAUCAAGCUGGAAUUUGAAAAACGUCAGCAGGAGCGCCUUCUGCUCUCCUUGCUGCCAGCUCACAUAGCCAUGGAAAUGAAAGCCGAGAUCAUCCAGAGGCUGCAGGGCCCCAAGGCGGGCCAAAUGGAAAACACAAACAACUUUCACAAUCUGUACGUCAAGCGACACACCAACGUGAGUAUCUUAUACGCUGACAUUGUUGGGUUCACUCGCCUGGCCAGUGACUGCUCUCCCGGAGAACUCGUCCACAUGCUGAACGAACUCUUUGGAAAGUUUGAUCAAAUUGCAAAGGAGAAUGAGUGCAUGCGGAUAAAGAUUCUAGGAGACUGCUACUACUGUGUGUCUGGACUCCCUAUAUCUCUUCCUAAUCAUGCCAAGAACUGUGUGAAAAUGGGAUUAGACAUGUGUGAAGCCAUAAAGAAGGUGAGGGAUGCGACUGGAGUUGAUAUCAACAUGCGUGUGGGAGUGCAUUCUGGGAACGUCCUCUGUGGCGUCAUUGGCCUGCAGAAGUGGCAGUACGACGUGUGGUCACACGACGUCACCUUGGCCAACCACAUGGAAGCUGGAGGCGUCCCGGGACGUGUUCACAUUUCUUCGGUCACGUUGGAGCACCUGAAUGGAGCUUAUAAAGUGGAAGAAGGAGAUGGUGACGUCAGGGACUCAUAUUUAAAGCAGCACUUGGUGAAAACCUAUUUUGUAAUCAACCCUAAGGGAGAACGGCGGAGUCCCCAGCACCUCUUCCGGCCCCGGCACACCCUGGACGGGGCCAAGAUGCGCGCUUCCGUCCGCAUGACCCGGUACUUGGAGUCCUGGGGGGCGGCCAAGCCCUUCGCCCACCUGCAUCACAGAGACAGCAUGACCACGGAGAACGGCAAGAUCAGCACCACGGAUGUACCAAUGGGUCAGCAUAAUUUUCAAAAUCGCACUUUAAGAACCAAGUCACAAAAGAAAAGAUUUGAAGAAGAAUUGAAUGAAAGGAUGAUUCAAGCAAUUGAUGGAAUCAAUGCUCAAAAGCAAUGGCUCAAGUCUGAAGACAUCCAGAGAAUCUCACUGCUUUUCUAUAAUAAAAUACUAGAAAAAGAAUACCGAGCAACUGCGCUGCCAGCGUUCAAGUACUAUGUGACCUGUGCUUGUCUCAUAUUCUUCUGCAUCUUUAUUGUGCAAAUCCUUGUGUUACCAAAAACGUCCAAUCUUGGAAUUUCCUUUGGAGCUGCAUUUCUCUCCCUUGCCUUUAUCCUGUUCGUCUGCUUUGCUGGACAGCUUUUGCAACGCAGCAAAAAAGCCUCCACGUCUCUCCUGUGGCUUCUGAAGUCGUCCGGCAUAAUCGCCAACCGCCCCUGGCCGCGAGUCUGCCUCACGGUGACCACCACCACCAUCAUCCUAGCAAUGGCCGUGUUCAACAUGUUUUUCCUGGGUGAUUCAGAGGAAAUUGUCCCUCCUGCUGCCAAUACAUCGAACACAAGUUUUCCCGCCUCAAGUAAUCAGGCAGCAAUUCUGCGGGCACAAAAUUUAUUUUUUCUCCCGUACUUUAUCUACAGCUGCAUUCUGGGACUGAUAUCCUGCUCAGUUUUCCUGCGCGUAAAUUAUGAGUUGAAAAUGUUGAUAAUGAUGGCUGCGUUGAUGGGUUACAACACCAUCUUCCUCCACACCCAUGCCCACCUGCUGGAUGGCUACAGCCAGGUCUUGUUUGAAAGACCAGGCAUUUGGAAAGACCUAAAGACCAUGGGCUCUGUGUCUCUCUUUAUAUUCUUCAUCACAUUGCUUGUUCUGGGCAGACAGAAUGAAUAUUACUGUAGGUUAGACUUCUUGUGGAAGAACAAGUUCAAAAAAGAGCGGGAGGAGAUAGAGACCAUGGAGAACCUCAACCGCGUGCUGCUGGAGAACGUGCUGCCCGCUCACGUGGCCGAACACUUCCUGGCCAGGAGCCUCAAGAACGAGGAGUUAUAUCAUCAGUCCUAUGACUGUGUCUGUGUCAUGUUUGCCUCCAUCCCGGAUUUCAAGGAGUUUUACACGGAAUCCGACGUGAACAAGGAGGGCCUGGAGUGCCUCCGGCUCCUGAACGAGAUCAUUGCCGACUUUGACGAUCUGUUGUCCAAGCCCAAGUUCAGUGGCGUUGAGAAAAUCAAGACCAUCGGCAGCACGUACAUGGCGGCCACGGGUCUGAGCGCCGUGCCCAGCCAGGAGCACGCCCAGGAGCCCGAGAGGCAGCACCUGCACAUAGGAACCAUGGUGGAGUUUGCCUUUGCCCUGGUGGCCAAGCUGGACGCCAUCAACAAACACUCCUUCAACGACUUCAAGCUGCGAGUCGGUAUCAACCAUGGACCUGUAAUAGCUGGUGUCAUUGGAGCUCAGAAACCUCAGUAUGACAUCUGGGGUAACACUGUAAACGUGGCCAGUAGAAUGGAGAGCACUGGAGUCCUGGAUAAAAUACAGGUUACCGAGGAAACGAGCCUCGUCCUGCAGACUCUGGGAUACACGUGCACAUGCCGGGGAAUAAUCAACGUGAAAGGAAAGGGGGAGCUGAAGACAUACUUUGUGAACACAGAGAUGUCACGGUCGCUUUCCCAGAGCAAUGUGGCAUGCUGAAGAGUUGGCCCCCUGUGUCCAGAAGCCCGGAUUUUCAGGAAGGUUCCACGCACUCUCUGACUGCCUCUUCGGCCCCUCGUUUUCGAUGUGCCUGUGCUGUCCCAUCCUGGAGCCUUCGCAGACUUGUUCCUGUGACCCAGUGGCAUAUCGUUUGGUGUCUGAAGUGUGCCAAGAUUGUCUUGCCACUUGCACUGUGCUUACUCCUAAGCAAAAGGGGAAGGAAUGCAAUUUCUGGGAGAAAAGCAUUCAAAGAACUAACAGACGAUAGAGGUGAAACAAACAAAAAUUCUUAAGGCAAUAAAACUAGGGGGUGUAUAUUAUCUUCUGGUGCAUGUUAUUUUCUGGAAAAUACGGUAGCUCGCCAACCGCAUCUGCUAGUCAGAUAUUAAAACACAGAGUAUUUGUGAAUAAGUUGAUUCUGUCUCCCCACAUGGAGUUUGGCUGUCUUCGCCCACAUGUCUCGUUGCCAGUGGCUAUCGUGGGCCCCAGGUGGGAUCUGUGGCUCUUGUCACCUCGCUCUGUUGUCUCACGCCAGCAGCACGUGGCCAUCCAUCACCAGAAUUAGUCCUCACAACCCAGGACCAGUUUUGUAUCAAACGUGUCUGAUGUAUUAAUGACAUUGUCUUUUGUUAGUUUAAUUCAUUAAAAGUUUUGUGUACUUUG